AUGGAUGCUUUGCCUCCCGAGUUAAUUGACAGCGUAUUGGUGCAUUUAUCACAAGCUCAACGCGCACAAGCCAGCGCUGUCAGCCGUCAAUGGCAUUCGGUGAUCAACCCACGUCUCUAUCAUGCACCCGAUAUCACCACUAUCAAGCAAUUGGACCACCUUGUAGGAAACGAUUUGUCAUCAUGCCGGUCACUUGUUAGCAUUCUUGAUUUGAGCAAAGUUCGAGAACAUGUGACCGACAAGCACAUUGCCGCUUUUAGUCAAUACCCAUUGUACAGCCUGAAUUUGAGUAAAUGUCACCAUAUCUCGGCGAGUGCUCUUAAUCAGCUACUACAAACAUCGAUUCAGACCUUACAAACGGCAUUGUUAAACCAUUGUCGUUUAGAUACAGAAAGCUUGGAAUUAUUACGACAAGCUAAUCUUAUACGACUGGAUUUGAGUGGAACGAUGCUUCUUCCUUGUCAUGCUAUUGAUACACCUCACCAUUUGGAAACACUAAUGGAUCCAGCAAGGUCACAACUACGGGUGCUUCAUGUUGCAGGAUGUAAUUGGGUGGAUUCGAUGACUGUGACGAACAUUGCACAAGGCUUCCCACGUCUUACGCAUUUAUCGUUGUUUUGGUGUGACCAAAUCAAGGUGGCGUCGUGUUUGGAGACAUUGCUUUCACGACUACCAGAUUUAAGAUAUCUCGAUUUACAACAUGUACCCGCCAUACCAGACGCAGCACAAGAUCAGCAGCAGCAGCAAUGGAUGAAAAAGAAGAAAAGCACGAUUGAUUUGCAUGAUCUGAUACGUAGCCAUCCCCAUUUACAAUGUAUAGAAUAUACGCACAGACGACGUAAAGCAACCAUAAAAAGAAAGGAUGCGUAA